UUGAGUAAGCUUUCAAUUUUUUCUUUUUAUAUUUCACUCGAUCAGCUUUCGGAACAUCCAUCAAACGAUUUCAUCUCCGACAAUCCUUGCUCUGUUUCUUAUACGCCACUUUCUUCAUCCGUUUCCGAAACCUUUCCUAUUUCAUCUAACCACUCUCCGCCCCCAUGGUCAAAAACUUCUGGACUUGAGGCACACUUAGUAGAGAGCCCACCAUCUAAUCUACUUUCUGGUAACAACAUAUCUUCUUUUAGAGACACAACCAUCUGUGGUAAUUCGGCCUCGGUUAAUGUUCAUGAUGAUGAAGCUAAUGCUUUGAGCGUACAUCUUUCACCCGAUUCUGAUGAGCAGCAUCCAAAAGCUAGUUUAGUGCUCCAGUCAGAAAUCAGGUCGCCUCAAUCAUUAGUACUGAAAGAGACUUCAAGAUUAAACUUUAGCCCAGCUCCCAGUCAUCCUUGUGGUUCUGGUGUCCUUGAGCUUCUGCUCUCAUCAGAUUUGCCCGACAGCUUGGAGCCGUGUCCGAUGGGUCUUAGUCCUGGCACAUCGCCUGUUCGGCAUAAUGAACUGGGAAUCACUUCUCGGAGCCUUGUUGAUCCAGGUCCUCGCUUUUGCAACAAUCGACAGCGCCAACACCAUUUAAAACAGCAAAAGCAGUCG